AUGGCGAGGUCUCAAGUUAGUUUUGCCCUGCUCAGUUGUCACGUAUUGGAGGCCAGGAAUCUUCCGAAUUCCUUGGCUGAUCAGUUCAUCCGUCGACUGCAGAAGCGAGCCGCAGAUGCUGAGGCAGAUCCAGAGCCAGUGGCCCAAGAGCAAGACAGCUAUGGCAUUCCCAACGGUUCUCCUGUGGGGAGUUUCGGCUCAUCCAAUGGGGUUUCAGCCUCGGGCUCGGGUUUGUCGAGUAGCAAUACUUACAACUCGGGGUCCACCUCAUUCAGUGCACCCAUUUCCGCAGUGGGAGCACAGUACUCGGCAGGUUCGAGUUCUGUGAGUGCCCCAGUGGUUAGUGCUGGCAACUCGUAUUCCGGCCCUUCCAAUACUGGAUCGGUCUCCUCGUCCAACUCCUACAAUGGACCAUCUUCAUCGUCGUCUUCAUCCAGUUUCAAUGGGGCUUCAGGUGCAUCCUCUGGGAACAGCUAUUCCGGUCCCUCUCAGGCCUCGGCCUCAUCACCAUCCUCGUCUAGUUACUCUGGUCCUCUUUUGACCUCGGUUCCCGCCAGUGUCAUCACCAAUACCGCGUCCCAAGCCUCAUAUGGAUCUUCCCAAGACAACUGCCAAGUGACUCGAUCUCUGACCAACACGGGCAAUUGCCAACAAGGCGGCCAGGUAGUAGUAGAACCCUGCUUCCAUGUGCUGGAGGAAGUGGAGCCCUUUGUGUCUAAUUGAUUUACCUUGUUCCUCAAAUGUUCUCUUUCUAGGAAUGUCAAAGUCAAUGC